UAUAAAUUGGCGGUGAAAUCACAGAAAGGACACACAAGAUGUCGCAAGCUCUUCUCUUCCUUGUUGGUCUUGUCGCUGCAAUCAGCGCCAAGCCAUUCUUCGGAGGACCUUGUCAGUUCGGUCCUCCACCUCCACCACCACCAUGUGGACUUCCACCAUUCAUCGAUGAUCUGCCUGAAGAUGCUCAGCAAAAGAUUAGAGAUAUCUGGAAGGAUUACAAGGAAGGCGAGAAGUGCUACAAUGAGCAUGGUCUGACCAGAGAAGUGAUGGAUUCACUCCCACGUGAGGCUAAGAAAGCCAUGCACAAGAAUGGACCACCUCUUCCGCCACCGCUAAGAAAGGCUCCAAAGGAAGUCCAGGACCAAUUCCGAGCCAUUUUCAAGGAGAAGAACAUCUCCUUUGAAGAAAAGAUCAAGAAGGUUUACAACCUGGCACAGACUGCGCUCCAGGGAGAUCUACUGAAGGAGUUCAACGAUUUCCACAACAAGAUGGAGGAACAUAAGAAGGCCAUUGACGAAAAGGUGGAAAAGCUCUCUCCGGAAGCGAAGGCAGCUCACGACAAGCUGAAGGAGCUCGAAAAGCAGAAGCGCGAAAUCUUCCAAAAUCUUAGCGAUGCGGCAAGAGAUGAGCUCUUCGAACUGUGGGAGGAGAAACACAAGAGACCCAAGCCAUAAAUAGCAUAUUGCUCAACGGCUUUACGGAAUAUCGUUUUUUCUCCAACACUUCUGAAGUGUAUG